GUGUUGUUCACUUCCGCCUGCUCGUACGGCUAAGGCUAUCCAACAUUGUGCAAAUGUGCAGCUGAGGCUUCUAUCUGUUAAUUUUUACAUCUAAAAUUGGUCAAUGUCUGGGUAUUUCUGACUCUGGGAAAUAUAAGCUCUGACCUGCAGCCAUGUCGCUGUAUGAUGACCUCGGUGUGGGUGCCAGUGACACCAAGACUGAAGGCUGGUCCAAGAACUUCAAGCUCCUGCAGUCCCAGCUGAAGGUGAAGAAGGCAGCUCUGACCCAGGCCAAGACCCAGCGGAUGAAACAGACCACUGUCUUGGCCCCAGUCAUUGAUCUGAAACGUGGAGGCUCCAGUGAUGAUAGACAGAUCUCAGAUACUCCUCCACAUGCUGCAGCUGGACUGAAGGACACUGUGCCUAGUGGUUUUUCAUCUGGGGAUGUGCUGAUCCCAUUGGCAGACGAGUACGAUCCUAUGUUUCCUAAUGACUACGAAAAGGUUGUGAAACGACACAGAGAAGAACGGCAGCGGCAGAGGGAGCAGGAGCGACAGAAGGAGAUCGAGGAGAGAGAAAAGAAGAGGAAAGACAGGCACGAAGGUGGAGCUCCGAGUGGUUUCUCUCGUUUCCCUGCAGCAGAGGGCGACUCAGAUGAAGAUGAAGAAUACGAGAAAGAGCGAAGGAAAAGAAGUAUGGGUGGAGCAGCCAUUGCUCCUCCUUCUUCUCUUGUCGACAGAGAUGGCUCCGCUUCCUUCUCAUAUGAGGAUGAAGGCCGCCCUCCCAGAGGUGCAAAGGCUGCCAUCCCUCCACCUAUGUACGAGGACUCAGACCGGCCGCGCUCUCCACCUGGACCAACCAGCUCCUUCCUGGCUAACAUGGGAGGUACGGUGGCCCAUAAGAUCAUGCAGAAAUAUGGUUUCAAAGAAGGCCAAGGUCUGGGGAAACACGAGCAAGGCCUCAGCACGGCGUUGUCAGUGGAGAAGACCAGCAAGAGAGGUGGAAAGAUCAUCAUAGGAGACGCUGCAGAAAAACCAGGGUCCAGCCAGUCAGGUGCAGCCGAGGCUUCAGGCGGAGGCUCUGCAGCAGACUCUUCUAAGAAGUCAGAGGCCAACCCGCUCACAGAAAUCCUCAAAAACCCAACUAAAGUGGUCUUACUGAGGAACAUGGUGGGCCGAGGAGAGGUGGACGAAGACUUGGAGGGAGAGACAAAAGAAGAGUGCGAGAAGUACGGCAAAGUGGUUAAAUGUGUCAUUUUUGAGAUUGCAGAAGUGCCAGAUGACGAAGCUGUUCGGAUAUUUCUGGAGUUCGAGAGGGUGGAGUCUGCCAUCAAAGCUGUGGUGGAUCUGAAUGGGCGAUAUUUCGGCGGGCGAGUCGUCAAGGCCUGCUUCUACAACCUGGACAAGUUUCGUGUUUUGGACCUCGGCGAGCAGGUGUGAUGUCAGACCCUCUGAACACGCAUCAUCACCCCCUUAUUUGUACAUAUGACACCUUUUGAUUUUAUAUUUUCUCUACAGCAUUGAAGUGUAUGUAGUCAUGAACCAUUAUGUAGAUUAUUGGUGGAUGUUUUUCCUGUGAUGCCUUUAUGUGAAGCCAAAAUAAAGGUGAAAAGCUACCACAA